GGCUUAGAAGUUAGAACAUGUAAACUGAUUUAGAGGGUACCUGAGAGUUGAUCGGCGAGGACGAUUCCGACGAUGCUACUGUUGAAACCCAUCCACCCCAACCGUCUUUUCCGUUCCCACACUCCACCUAGGGAACAACCCAAAAAAUCAUCGUCAUAUGCUCUGCGUACUGUUGGUUGCGGAGCUCAAAGAUUGGUGCUUGACUUCGACCCGAAAAUCCCCAUAGAGAAAGCCGUCACUCCACCCAGUUCCUGGUACACCGAUCCUUCCUUUUACUCCCUCGAGCUCCAACGCGUCUUCUACAGGGGUUGGCAGGCCGUUGGAUAUACAGAACAGAUUAAAGAACCCCAUGAUUUUUUCACGGGAAGGCUGGGAGAUGUGGAGUUUGUGGUGUGCCGAGAUGAUAAGGGGAAGAUUGGUGCUUUUCACAAUGUUUGUAGACAUCAUGCCUCUCUUCUUGCAUCUGGGAGUGGGAAAAAGUCUUGUUUCGUAUGCCCUUAUCAUAUUGAGGUAGAAGCAGAUGAUCCAAAACUUUUGCAUUCAUACAUGAUAGAUGUAAUCCAACUACCAACAACCUAUCCUCUUUAUCAACUUAUCCAUCUAUUACUGUUCCCAAUUUCUUUUAUUUUUCUCAAAGCAUUACUAGUAACUGUCAGAAAUCAACUCGGAAAUGGAAAUUUUCCAGACAGGAAACUCGUAUCCAAGUUCCUUGGAUGGACAUAUGGCUUAGAUGGAGCACUUUGUAAGGCAACCAGAAUUACAGGAAUACAAAAUUUCAGUGUAAAUGAUUUCAGGCUCAUACCAUUAAAAGUAGCUACUUGGGGACCAUUUGUUCUUCUCAAUAUAGACAAAGAAGUUUCACCUAAGCAGGAAGUUGAUAAUGAUAUAAUAGCGCAUGAAUGGCUUGGUAGUUGCUCUGAGCUGUUGUGCCUCAAUGGAGCUGAUUCUUCACUGGCUUAUCUCUGUCGACGUGAAUACACCAUUGAAUGCAACUGGAAGGUUUUUGUUGACAACUACUUAGAUGGUGGUUACCAUGUGCCAUAUGCACAUCAAGGCCUUGCAUCUGGGCUUAAGCUUGACUCCUACUCCACCACAAUCUAUGAAAAGGUCAGCAUCCAGAGUUGUGGAGGUUGCUCUGUAGAAAGUGAAGAUGAUUUCGAUCGGCUUGGUUCAAAAGCCUUUUAUGCUUUCAUCUAUCCAAAUUUCAUGAUUAAUAGGUAUGGACCUUGGAUGGAUACCAAUCUGGUAAUCCCACUAGGACCUAGGAAGUGCCUGGUAGUAUUUGACUAUUUUCUUGAAGCUUCUCUUAAGGAUGAUCAAGAUUUCAUCAACAGAAGCCUUGUAGACAGUGAAAGAGUACAGAUGGAAGAUAUUACGCUAUGCGAAGGUGUUCAAAGGGGUCUUGAAUCACCAGCAUACUGUUGUGGGAGAUAUGCUCCCACUGUUGAAAUGGCCAUGCAUCAUUUCCAUUGUUUGCUGUAUGACAACCUGGUAAAAUAAAUUGCUUUUUGCUUUGAAUUACAUAAUACGAAUUUGACAUUGUUUGCAUUCCCACAGCUUCUUUGAAGAAAAUCCUAAUAUCCGGGCAACAAACUCCUCAGUCUGGUUAUAUUUGAGUGGAGGAUUGAAUUUUGGAUCCCCAUUGUUAAAUAAGGAAUAACAAUUGUUGACUUGUUUCUGAAUUCGAUUAUUUGUGAAGAAAAUGAUAACGUUAGAUCUUGUAUGGGCCAGAUUGGAGAAGUUCUGAUGGCAUCACAGGGUUAUUGUUGUUUUUUCCAUUCUGCAAGACGUUAAAAAGCAUAACAGCGUAUUAUGCUUGAUGGAAAGAGGGGAGAGAUAAAAAAACAAAAAAAGAAGAAGGUGAUACUAAAGAAAGAUGUUAAAAGUAA